GAAACCAGAUGGAAAAGCCCUACAACAACAUUCCCCAACAACUAACUGCUGGGACUACAGGCUCAGGAACACAGCAAGAGAUCAUACUUGAAACAUGGCUCACAGUGACUUCCUCUAUCCAGAGAACCCAAGGAGGAGGCAGGAAGUAAACCGGCUUCACCAGCAGCUCCUUGACUGCUUAUCUGACAGCUUCCAUGCCACCAAUAAGCUGAUAGGGGUUCUAAAUACACACUUGGGCUGCACACUGGCCUCCACCGAAAUGAAGAGAGAUGGGACUAUCAAAGAAAAUUGUGACAUCAUCAUCCAAGCCAUAAUGAAUAUCCAAAAUGAACUGCAAAAGGUUGAUGAAGCACUAAAAGAAAAACUAGAACCAACCUUGUAUAGAAAACUUCAGGAUAUUAAGGAAAGGGAAACAGAGAAGAUUGCAAUCGUACAAAAGGUUAUUUCAGUCAUUCUAGGAGAAGCUACAUCUGCAGCCAGUGCAGUGGCUGUUAAACUCGUGGGCUCAAAUGUCACAACUGGCAUAAUUAACAAGUUGGUCACUGUGUUAGCUCAAAUCGGUGCUUCUCUCCUUGGUAGUAUUGGAAUUGCUGUUCUUGGCCUUGGCAUAGAUAUGAUCUUCCGGGCCAUCCUGGGAGCAGUGGAGAAAACACAGCUUCAAGCAGCCAUCAAAAGUUAUGAGAAGCAUCUGGUGGAAUUCAAGUCAGCCUCAGAAAAAUAUCAUCAUGCCAUUACUGAGGUCACAGAUAUUGUCAAACACCAAAUGAAAUGAAUAACCUUUUGGUUUGCCACUGGAAUAUUUUUCUGCUUCCCUCUUAAUAACAGCAUUUCCUUCUUUGAUUUUCCAUGUUUCCAAUAUGGAUAUAAAUGGGAUAAAGAGUUCAGAAAGGGAAACUGGAGAUGUUAAAACUAGAUUAAUCUUGAGUUUUGACAAAUAAUGAAUGACUGGAUCAGCUGGUGCUAGAACCUGUGAGGUAAAAGAUGUAUGUCCCAGGAUGUUUUCUCACCCUACUCUACCAGAUCUACAUAGGAGUAAAUGCUAUCACAGAGCAGCAGGUGUAAGAAUUGCUUUUUUCUUUUUUUUACUUUCCAGUCAAAAUCCUUAACAUUUACAUUGAAUGCAGACACUUUCAUGUCUACCACUAGCUUCAAACAUCACUUAAUACUAAGGAAGCAUAUUAAGGAACUUCUGGCUAGAUACAAACCAAAUAAAAUAAAAUAGAAAUGCUACCAUAUUUUUUAACCAUUAGAUUUAGUCCAGUUUUCUAUAGACAGGAAAAGACUGAAAAUGGAUUAUAAUGGGCAGAGGUUAUAGCUCAGUUGGUGAGUGCUUGCCCUGUAUGCAUAAGGCCCUGGGUUAAAUCCCUAGUACCACAAAAAAUAAAAAAUAAAUGGUUUGUAACAAUUGGUUUCAAUGAUGAGACAAUGUAUCUGUGAACUUCUACUAAUUACACAAUGUAAUCUGGGUGGAUUAAAAAAAUGAAAAAAGUUCUGUUUCUAUAAUUGUAAUCCAUGCUGACCAACUAUGAUGACUAUGAUGACAAAGUGUAA